CAUCCCAUUAGAGGUAGACGUCCCAUUAGGAGUAGACGUCCCAUUAAAGGAAGAUGUCCCAUCAGAGGUAGACGUUCCAUUAAAGAAAGACAUUCUAACAAAGGUAGAAGUACCAUCAGUGGUAGAUGUCCCAUUAGAGGUAGGUGUCCCUUCAGAGGUAGAUGUUCCAUUAAAGAAAGACAUUCCAUCAAAGGUAGAAGUCCCAUCAGAGGUAGACAUCCCAUCAAAGAGCAAUGUCCCCUUAGAGGCAGAAAUCUCAUCAGAGGUAGACAUCAUAUUAAAGGAAGUUGUCCCAUCACAGGACAAUGUCCCAUUAGAGGAAUAUGUCACAUCUAAGGUAGAUGUCUCAUUGGAGGUAGACAUCCAAUCACAGGACACUGUUCCAUUAGAGGAAUAUGUCCCAUCUAAGGAAGAUGUCUCAUCAGAGGAAUACGUCAUAUCUAAUGUAGAUGCACCAUCAGAAGAAUACGUCCCAUCAGAAAGAUACGCCCCAUCAGAGGACUAUGUCCCAUCUAAGGUAGAUGUCCCAUCAGAGGAAUAUGUCUUAUCCAAGUUAGACAUCCCAUCAGAGGAAUAUGUCCCAUCUAAAGUAGACAUCCCAUCAGAGGGAGGUGGAGAAAGUGAUGACAUGAUUGUGACAGAAAGACCUAUCUCAGAAGGCUUUUCUACACCUCCAAAUGCUGUUGUUGAGUUUAAAGUGACCUCACCUAGUCUGACUGUAGACUCUGGUUCCUUUAAGGUAUCAGAGGAUUCUAGAGUCUCCUCUGGUGCCAAGUCUUUGGGGAAGGACGACAUUGAGCUGGGUCAAGGUGAAACAGUUAUUAUUAUUGACAGUAAGGCAGCAGAAGAACGUAAAAGUAGCACCAGCUCUCCAGCUCAUUCAGAUGAAUCUGACCAAAAUUUCACUGAGGAUCUGGAUCAAACAAUCACCAGAACCACAGAGACAAGUGAGCCACCGGACACAGGUGGUGGUUUUAUAUCUGCAGGAGACAAACAAGGCACUGCUGGCAUCACCACGCCACCUUCUCUGAGAUACCUCACUACACCUUCCAUGACCACGGCCAUCCACAGCCGGGAACUGGUGGUCUUCUUCAGUCUGCGUCUCACCAACAUAAACUUCUCUGACCAUCUCUUUAAUAAGACCUCAUCUGAGUACAGAUCCUUGGAGAACACCCUCCUAGAUGUGCUGCUGCCGUACCUGCAGGCCAACCUGACUGGCUUUCAGAAACUGGAAAUCCUGAACUUCAGGAGGGGCAGCGUGGUUGUCAACAGCAAAAUGAGGUUCACCAAGACAGUACCGUACAACGUGACUGAGGCCGUCCACUCCAUCCUGGACGAGUUCUGCUCCUCCGCUGCCAAGAAGAUGGACAUCCAGAUUGACAAGCGCUCCCUGGACAUUGAACCAGCGGAUCAAGCUGAUCCCUGUAAGUUUAUGGCCUGCGGAGCAUUUUCUCGCUGCGUGGUGAACAGCUGGACUAAAGAGGCCCAGUGUUUAUGUGAACCAGGCUUCAUGUCUGUGGACAACCAGUCCUGUCGUAGCGUUUGUGACCUGCAACUGGACCUCUGCCCAGGAGGGAAGUGUUACAUUGUUCCAGGAGGAGGAGUUUCAUGCAG